GUAUAACACGUUAAAAAAUAUAUUAUCGUUCGAUAAUAAGACUUAAUCGUAAUUCAAUUUCGAGGUUAGUAGUCGAAUUUCGAUGGGCGAUCCGUUCUCGAUUUAAAGAUAUGACGACAAUAAUGGACCGGUACGUCGUAGAACGACAAUAAUAUUACGAGCUAAGUGUGUAAAGAAUCAUCUGGUGUUACAGCUUUCUAAACGAAAGUAUCGAUAAGCAUUAAAGAUUAACCGCACAAUUCUUUUUCCGACGCUUUUGCGACCGCAAAACUGUUAGCAAACACCACCGCGAGGCCAGCGUACGUUUCUGUUAUCGCCCUGUCUAGAAAAUCAACAUGCGGGAGAGUUGUUUAUUGCGCUUUACGUUCGAUUAAUUCUUUUUAUAUGACGAAUAAAAUAAUGAAAUUGUCGAUUGUACUAACUUAAAGUGAAGGUAUUUCGCCGUCGAAUGUUUGUCCUUUUUCGCGGUAACGUACGCAUUUUCGUAUCUUUUCGUCGUUUCAUACAAAUUCACAAUCCUCAAUAGCUCAUUUUUCCGGCAUUUUAGCGCGCGCAUUUCAAUUCGUCUUCUUGUCUAACCAGCACGUUAACGUAUUCUUUGACUUGUCCAUUCUUCUUUUAACUUCACACACACACACACACACACACGCGCACGCACUUUCACGUAAUUCCUCACUUUCCCCUCACGAAAUCAUCUUUAAUUCGUCCAUACAUUUAUUCAUCCGUAUAUUUAUUCACUAAUAACGUUCUCUCGUCUGCCGAAUUCUUCGUCGUCGCACUCAUUUUCGAGUCUCUCCGUAGGUUACUCCUCGCGCACGCCGCAAACCGACGUCUAUGAUUAACUCGUACGAUCGAAUGAUUUACAUCUAGCGAGAGCAGAUUUUCCGGUUGGCCGAUAAUUGCUUGAAACAGUUUCGUGAUUUAUGAUCGUUGCUUCCUCUUGUGCUAUGUUAUUAAAACGAUUUAUUAUAUCUAAUUCCUUUGUAAAUCCAUCAUGGCUAAAUCGUAAUUUAGAGGUGAAAAAUGUCGAAAUAAUGCGAAAUAAAUUCUUUCUUUUUUUUUUAAUUUUCUUUCCAUCGUACCCGUAAUACGUAUUUUUUAAUCUAUUCGCAUGCUUCUUUUUCUCCGGAACUCGAAAAGAGGAUCGUGGAGGACGAUGAGAAGGAAGGGAGAUGGAGAAAGGAUGGUUUUAUCUGCAAGUACGCGAAUAACGGAGGAACGAAUCACUCGGAGAAAGGUCGCGAGAAGAGAGAAGGAAACGCGCGACGUUGCCUCCAAGAGUACUGGAGCAGAACUGAGGUUCACCACCUUGUACCAGAGAGGACAACGGGAGGAAGAGGAACGUGCCUUUCUGUGUACUAGCGGAGAAGCGCUUAGUACUAUAGAAACAAAAAUCUUCGCGAGAAGAUGGCUGAUCUUGAUGAUCUUCGUAAUAUACAGUGCCAGCAACGCAAUGCAAUGGAUUCAAUACAGUAUUAUCGCGAACAUAGUCGAACGUUAUUACAAAGUUUCAAGUUUUCUAGUGGAUAUGACGAGCAUGAUAUAUAUGAUAACGUACAUUCCAUUCAUAUUUCCAGCUAGUUAUCUUCUCGAUAAAUUCGGACUCCGAUUUGCCGUUAUAGUUGGAGCAGUCGGAACGGCGCUCGGUGCAUGGAUAAAAGUUUUUAGUGUUUCACCAGAUCUAUUUUGGCUUACCUUUAUUGGUCACACGUUGGUCGCCGUUAGCCAAACUUUCGUUCUAUCCGUUCCUGCUCGAUUAGCAGCUGUUUGGUUCGGUCCCGACCAAGUUAGUAGCGCCUGUAGCAUCGGCGUUUUUGGAAAUCAGUUGGGUAUAGCCAUAGGUUUUCUAUUUCCACCGAUCUUAGUACCAAACAGCGAUGAUAUUGCCGUAGUCGCGCAUGGCCUUCAAAUCAUGUUCUACAUCGUUGCAGCCCUCACGUCUAUCAUAUUAGUAUUAAUAUUUCUCUUCUUUAAAGCGCAACCACCCCUUCCUCCCAGUCCGGCGCAAGCCGUACAAAGAGAGAACGAUACGCCAGAAGAUUUUAUACAAUCCAUUAAGAGGCUCUUCACCAAUGUGGGAUACCUGUUGCUUUUAUUGAGCUAUGGUAUAAACGUCGGGAUAUUCUACGCGAUCAGUACACUUCUCAAUCAAAUCAUUUUAGAAUAUUUCCCGGGACACGAAACAGAUGCUGGUAGAAUCGGCUUGACCAUCGUAUGUGCCGGAAUGUUGGGUUCGGUAAUCUGUGGUAUCGCGUUAGAUAAAACGCAUAAGUUCAAAGAGACGACUCUUGGAAUUUAUUUCUUCUCCUUCCUGGGUAUGAUCGUUUUCACGUUUACUCUGGACAUCGGUCGGAUAUACGUCGUUUACAUUACAUCCGCUUUACUUGGAUUUUUCAUGACCGGUUAUUUACCGGUAGGUUUCGAGCUCGCUGCUGAAUUAACCUAUCCAGAACCAGAAGGAACGUCCGCAGGAUUGCUCAACGCCACUACACAGGUAUUAGGUAUAGUCUUCACGAUCCUCUAUGGUUAUCUGAUCAAACUAGUGAGCGAUUUAUGGGCUAAUAUAGUUUUAUGCAUCGCCCUAGCCAUUGGAGCCUUUCUCACAACGAUAAUACCCAACGAUCUUAGAAGACAGAACGCUAAAUUCUAAAAUACAUAACGAAAGUACAAAUGUAGGCCGUAAACUGGGCGUCGAGAGAUAUUAUUUUUUUGAAGCUUAAACGACGGUGACCUUUCCAUACUGUUGCAUACGUGUUUUAUUUAAUACGAUCUAUCGUUCAUCGGAAAGCGUACUCGCAAUCGUCGUCCUCGACUUUAAUAGAAUAUUAAAUAUCAUAACGAUAAUGAGAUUUGCGUCACGACCAAAUAUUUUUAUUGAAUAUAAUCUAACAAUAAGUAGAAAGUAAGAAACGUUGAUCCCUGAAUUCGUAGAUGAAUAUUUUUUUCAGCAAGAUAUAUAUAUAUAAAAUAUAAAUAUAUACAUAAAAUAUAUACAAUAUAUAUAUAUAUAUAUAUAUAUAUAUAUUUUUCUAGAUGGAUUGACAGAAAAAGGUAAAAUUGCAGGACAAUAGAUACAAUAAUAAUAAAAAUAAUAUAAAAAGAAUAUUUUUAGUACGUAGAAUCGUAGAUAUAGGAUAUUAUGAUGCUGUGCAUCGAACACCGUAAUUAUAUUUUGUGUAUGAUUAAAGAAAAUGGAAUUAGAAUUAAAUUAAGGUGUACCUUAUCUUCGUUUUUACUUUCUAUUGAAAGAGAAUGAUAAAGAGAAGUGUCAAUAUCGUAUAUAGAGUUCCUAGAAAAAGUGAUAAAUCAGAUGUCAUAUAUAUAUACAUACAUACAUACACAUAUAUAAGAUAUCACAUAUUUUAACUCGCAUCUUUCUAUUUAGCAAAACUUGAUAAAAUAUUUUUAAAAUGAA